AAAAGUAAAGAGAGGUGGGGAGAGAGAGAGAGUGAAAGAAAACGAAGCCCAGCUUCUGCCGGUGCUGCUCGGAUUGGAUCUGGUUUGAGUUUCCUCUCUGCUGGCUUGUGCGGCGAGAGAGGAGGAGAGGGGGAAGUCACUCGCUCGCUCUGUCUCUGAAGCUGGAGCAAACGUGCUGGUAGCUGAGCUGGCGGGAGCUGCCUGGGCGCAGUUGCCUCACAGUUGCUCGCUGUCACUAAAGAAUUGCCUGGACUUCUCAAGAACCCAGAGGAAAAAGCCGCCACUUCACAGACCUGAUAGUUGCUCAGUGCCUAUAGACUUGACACUUUUUUUUUUUUUUUCCUUUUUUCCUCUCCUAGGGGAAUUUUUUUUUUUUAAUUGCUUUUCUCCCGUCUCUCUCAGAACAGCACUUCCCUGAGCGUGUGGCUUUGAAACCCAUUGCCUUAUUAACAGCUGUGAGAGAUAUUUUUUCAAAUCUUUUUAUGCCUCUCUUUUCUUUUACUUUGCCUUAAAAAACAAAAAGAAAGAAAGGAAAAGAAAGAUAAUCCUUUUGGGGGGAGGGGAGAUGAUCAUGCUGAUGUGGAAUAAGUGCUCCUGCUGUCUCCUCUUACUAGCCGCGGUCCUGAUCGUGGAGAGCUCCCAGCUAGACAGCUCCAGCGCCAAGGUGAACUCCAUCAAGUCCACCCUGAUGGGGGAGGCUCCAACUCAGGCAACCAACAGAUCUGCAGGCAUCCACCAGGGACUGACGCUUGCUAGCAGUAAGAAGGGCAAAAUUCUAGAGCAGAUGAGAAAACCUCCCAAGCACUAUCACCGGCAAGGAGAGGCCUAUCCUUGCACCAACGAUAAGGAAUGUGAAGUCGGGCGGUACUGUCACAGUCCUCAUCAAGCAACAUCUGCAUGCAUGAUAUGCCGGAGGAAGAAGAAGCGUUGCCACAGAGAUGGAAUGUGCUGCCCUGGGAAUCGCUGCAACAAUGGUAUUUGCGUACCUGUAACUGAAAGCAUCCUUACGCCUCACAUCCCUGCUCUAGAUGGGCCCCGCAACAAGAAGAAUGGUCAUUAUGCUAGCAAGGAUUUGGGAUGGCAAAACUUAGGGAGGCCACAGUCCAAGCUGUCACACAUAAAAGGACAUGAAGGCGAUCCCUGCCUACGGUCAUCAGACUGUAUUGAGGGACACUGCUGUGCUCGCCAUUUCUGGACCAAAAUUUGCAAACCUGUGUUGCAUCAGGGGGAAGUGUGCACCAAACAGCGCAAGAAAGGCUCCCAUGGACUGGAAAUUUUCCAACGAUGUGACUGUGCCAAGGGGCUGUCUUGCAAAGUAUGGAAAGAUGCGACCUCCUCUUCUAAAUCACGACUUCACGUAUGUCAGAAAAUCUGAGUGAGGACUGGGAAGAUAGCAUUAAGUGACUGUGGUUUUAUGUAUUUAAUGUGUUACAGCAUGGUGGGAAACAAGGACUGCACGUGAAAGAGGAGUGGCUUAAGCAACACUUAGGGUAGGAGUAGAAAGAAGUCACAAAUGCCUUUCUUUCUGAGCUGGUGGUAAACACAAGAGCAGAUGAAGAUUUCCCACUUUGCAGUUCUUCUGUAAAUAACUCCUACAGGUUGUGGGAAAUGCUAGUAUGCAAACAAGUAUGGUGGAAAUUAAUGCCACUCACCUUGCUGUGUUGUCCCAUGAUGUUCUGGGUUUCAGUGUAUGGGCCACAGGGGUUUUCCAGCAUCACAGUGCCUGCUAAAUAAAUUGUAUACGUUGUACAUAUAGGAAGCAGUGCAUUCCAGGAAGGCUUGUCUGUCCACACAUUAUUGGUCCCUAAAAUAUACAUUGCAGGUGUGAGAGAGGGAAAUACAGUUACUGUGAAUGUCCAUACACUCUCGUCAUUCAGGGCUGACACUUCAGCAAAGCGCUUCUGCAGGACAAGAGUGCUACAAGAGUGCUAAAUUUUGCAGGCCCUCGCAAAAGAGGUAAAAACUUGCCAUGUUGCAAUUCCAAGACAGCAGCAAUUUCUCUAAUCAGAGGUCUUUAAACAGGGUUUUAUUUCGUAUAUUUAGGUAAACUGAAAUGCUUUAUGUAGUUCAAUGUCAUAGUAUGGUACUUAAUCGCUUGUAUUUGUCUCGGUUUACUGCUAGUAUACAUUGGACUGAACAGAUGAAGCAAAUACGUGCAUGCUGAAUCCAGAAUUAUAUACAGGCAGUUGCUCGUUAGUCCUAAAUAUACUUUCUUUGCCUAAACAUACUUGCAUUGUCGACAUUUCCAAAAGAGACAGCAGAGUGUUGAAGUACAUAACAUGAAGAGCUAUGAAAUUGUGCCACUGUUGCUGUUGUAACAGACAAUAUAGGCACUUGUUGGGGGAUUUAGCCCAUCGUGCUAUAAACUCAAAGUUUUACAUUUUAAUAGUAGCAAUGGGCUACAGUUUGCUAUUAUUGCUCAAUCUAGUUGCACUCUGCAGAAGCAUAAAUGGAUUUGUUUCUUAGUGGUAGCAAAGAAAAGAGAGUUGGCUCUUGUGAGCCACCUCCUCUCUGGCAGAAAAGGCUGCAAGAAGAUGGUAUGACCACAGUGACUUGUUAAGCAUCAUGGGAUGUUGCAGCACACCAGUCUCGUGUGUAUCCAACGUGAACUUGAUUUUUUUUCUCAGUCUGGACUGUUCUGCCAGGAGUGAUGGAAGUACAUGGACUGUGGAAACAGCUAACAACUCUACAUUGUUUGUGUACUGGUUAAAAAAGGACAGUCUACAUUGUUUGAUUUCUAUCACAGGUCUUUUCAAACAUUUUUUUUUUUUUUUAAUUUUCUUAUUUGCAAGUAUUCCUUUGUAUAGACAUUGGUAGAGAGAAUUAUAAUUUUUUAAAAAGUCCAAUUCUAUAACUGACCUAAUGCUAAACCGUAAUUAGCUUUUUAAAAUUACCCACUGUCAUGUCUUAUAACACAAGAGAUCUUUCUGUUUAAUCAGUUCUGAAAGCAAGGACACCAGUAUGUAUUUUUAAGACCAUGUCACCCAUACUUUAGACACCUUUUUCCACUGACACGUCCCUAUCAGUGGUUGUUUUAAAGCUAUAGCUUUUAUACACCCUGACUCAGAUUUCCUAAUUAGAACACAGACCUCAGCUACAUUACCUUUAUCUUUCAUAAGAGUAUAAAUAAGAGUAGUUCACAAACCUCUUUCCCUACUGGAGUUAGUUUUUAUUGGCCUAGAGGGACUGCUCUGAGAUAGUUUCUUCUGUUUCUAAUAGUCUCAGUCAGACUUUAACCUCACAGUCCUACCAAUUUAACUCUGGUUAUUUCAGAGGAGUUUUUCUCGCAUAAUUGAAAGAGGAAUAAGGCUUAGAAAUAGCAUCAUUUCAAAUAUUCAGAAAAUAUGGGAACCAGUUCUGCAAGUGUUGUUUACACUGACAGCACAUCCUCAGCAGAGGAGCUCUACUGCCUUCAUUGUGAUGACAUGUAAAAGAAAAUGUAACCCAGUUUGAGUGGGGGGAGGAGGGGGGGUGUUGCAGAAAUGGACUCUCAGCAAUUUUUAUCUCUCCUUAUCAUAGUCCUAGCCCCCUCCCUUUUCCUCUUACAAACCGUAGUUAUUUGGGAUAAUUUAUUUACAGGAAAUGUUUAAUGAGAUGUAUUUUCUUAUAGAGAUAUUUCUUACAAAAAGCUUUGUAGCAGAAUAUAUUUGCAGCCUGUUGACUUUAAUGUAGAAAAAUGUAUAAUAAGAUUAAAUAUAUUAAAUGUCCUUUCCUGUUCCUCCCCAAAUCUUUUAACCACAUUCUUUUCCUUACCUGCUGCUUAAGAAGAGUAGUUCUUCCUGGAAGGCUAUGCAAACCUGUUGGAAAAAAGCAUAUAUACUUGAGGUGUUCAAGAAAAAGCAUCUGAUCAUGCUCAUGUCUCAAAACACUAUGGAAGCUAAGUUUUGGUAAAACACGUGAAGGUCAUCUUAAAAUCUCCAUGUGUCAUUUCCACAAAACUGGCUUAAGUGGCAACUAUCUAUAUGAAAAAAAUAUAUAUUUUUGAGAGAGAAUUUCCACCUAAACAUUCAAGACUAAGUUUUGAAAGCAACGUAUGUGGAUGCAUAAUGUUCAAACAACCAGGCUAAAUAACAAAGGUGCUCAGAUACAUUCCCUGGACAGUGAUACAAACCUGAGAGACUCACAGAGGGUACAGCUAACAUUCAAAUUACACAGCAUUUUGCUAUAGGUUUUUGCUAUUUGUACAGCAUACAAGUAUAUUGCUCCAAGAUAUAUAGCUAGCAAUUCCGAAAUGGCAGAUAACAGCAUUCAGCUCUAAUAAAAUGAAACAAUUCAUAUGAAAACAUGAAUUCAACUGAAAAUAUUGCUAAUAAAAACAGCCAAGUUUUGAGCCCAGGAAAACCCCUGCAGAUCUCAAUAACUAUUGCAAAAUAAAAACCGUGGUUAUUGAGCAAUGGUCUCAAUAUUCUUGUUACUUGUUUCUGGGAACCCUUUGCUCAAACGUGUACAUUGGGGAAUGGAAUUGUCUCCCAGAAGCACUGCUGUUUGUACAAAAUGAAAAGGUUUUGCUACUGUUACUUACAGUAUUUGGUGGGUAGUCCUUUGAAAAUUAUUAUUAUUAUGGUGUUGUUUGUUAAAAGGGUUAUGAAGUUGUGAGCAUCUUCAGAUCCCAAUGACUUCAACAGAGUUUGAAACUGCCAACGCCUUCAGAGAUUUAAUCUGGGAACAAAAACAAUAGACACAGGCAGUUCUUCGCACACCACAAAUACUGAGCAACAUAGCUGAACUGAAUAGCAUGCAAGCAGUUUCGCAAGGCUGAAGUUUGAAGUGUUUAGAAGCUAUUCAGUUAAUAUUUUGGGGAACUAUACAUCAGUUUAAGAAUAAAAGAACAGCUAAAUUUGGGGAUAAUUGCUCUCACUCACUGGUUCACUCAUCAAAGGAAUUAAGAGUGACUUUGGCUCAGUAACAUUUCAGAAAUCUGCUGUCAUGACACAAGUACUGAAGAGAUUAUUGCUGAACAAUUAAAAUACUCUUCCUAUUAGCCUAGAAUAGCCUCAGCAAUGCAACAUCUCUUUGGAAAAACUAACUUUCAAAAAAAUAAUGGAUUCCUAUUGUCUAGCAGCAUAUAUUUGAUUUACAGUAUAUAUAUGGGCAUGUAUCUAUUACUGUACUAUUUGCUUUGUCUUGUGUUGUUUGCAACCUAUACUAUUUAUGAUUUAAAACUUUUUUUUUUUUUAAUGCAAGCAAUUAAAAUAGAUUUAUGCACUUACUUACUUUCAACAACAUACACCGAUCUGACACCAAAAUACAAUUCAUUGGAAUUCCA